AUGGCUCCUUCGCUCAUCCGCCCCCAGGGCCACCUGUCCCCAGCCGAGGCCCUCGAGCUUGCCCAGAAAGCACCUACGAUUCUACGAAACAAUCCGACAGCGUUCUCAUCGUCCCCCCUUCUUUCGCUUUUCUCGGCCUCGGAGACGCCCGAGAUAUGGACCAUCUACGAGAACCUCCUUCUGGCCUGCCUGCGAACGGGCGACAGCCAGGCAGCACACCAGUGCCUCGAGAGGCUGGUGAUCCGAUUCGGGAAUGAAAACGAGCGCAUCAUGGCAUUCAAGGGUUUGGUGAAGGAGGCGGAAGCUGAUAAUGAUGGAGAACUUGCACAGGUACUCAAGGAGUACGAGACAAUACUAGGACAGAACGCGACAAACAUUCCUGUUGCGAAACGUCGCGUCGCCCUUCUGAAGUCGACAGGAAAGACAUCUGAAGCAAUUGCGGCCCUCAAUGGUCUCGUUGACUUCAACCCUACAGAUGCGGAGGCGUGGGCGGAGCUUGCCGACUUGUACCUUUCACAGGGGCUAUACUCACAAGCUAUAUAUGCGCUCGAGGAAGUGCUUGUGCUGACCCCGAAUGCAUGGAACAUGCAUGCUCGUCUCGGAGAGGUAUUGUACAUGGCUGCAUCGGCCUCUGAAGGCUCUUCACAGCAACAAUUGGCGGAAUCAGUCAAAAGAUUCAGCCGCAGCAUCGAACUCUGUGAUGAUUAUCUCCGGGGUUACUACGGACUGAAACUGGUUACGAACAAACUUAUCAAGGAACCGUCAAAGCCGUCGAGACAAUCAGACUCGGAGGACUGGACCCUUCCUGACGUCGGUACGUUACAGAAGCUCAACGAGCUAGCAACGCAAAAGCUGGCCGACAUUGUACGCCGCAACGGAGCGCAUGAGAGGCUCUGGCAAGGUUACGAUGAAUCGGAAGUGGCAGCAGCCCGAGAUCUGCUCUCGAAGGAGUGGCAGAGCUGCAUGUCAUCCGAGGUUCCAGGCGUGUCGUUGGGAGCCCGAUGGGCCAAGGCGGCCCACAAGAUGCGCUGGCAGUGA